AUGUUUUUAUUGGUUUUCUUCUUUUCUUUAUCUUUUUUAUUGUUUUCUUUAUCUUUUUCUUCUUUUCUUUAUUCCUCUUUUCUUUUUCUUUUUUUCUUUAUCUUUUUCUUUUCUCUUCCUUUUCUUUAUCUUUUUUAUUCUUUUCUUUUUCUUUAUCUUUUCUUUUUCAUUAUCUUUUUCGUCUUUUCUUUUUCUUUAUUUCUUCUUCUUUCCUUUCUUUUCAUCGCUCUUUCUUUUAUUCCUUUUCUUCGUUCUCAUGAUUCUCUUCUUUUUUUCCUUUAUUCUUUCUGUUUCAUUUCAUUUCCUCUCUCUUAUUACACGCCUUUUUCUUUUUCUUUGAUUCUAUUACUCUAUUUCUUCCUUUCUCUUCUUCUUCUUUCUCACUUUUACUUUUUCUCCUCCUCUUGUAUCCCUUUCAUGGCGUUCCUUUGCUUUCGUCGACCCAUGGACAGUUCACUGAACAAACAAUCGUCUGUCCCGUAA